UUUAUAUGCUUCAGCAGGGCUAAAGAUGCUCUAAGUAUUGAAGCUAUAAGGAAGGUGUAUCUUUGGGUGUCGAUUGUUGAAGGGGCAUCACUAUUGUGUUCUUCGAUUGCCUGUUUUUCAUUACUGCGAUAUUCACAAUGAAGUUGCAAGUUCCCAACUUUCUUAUGGAUUCCAGCAAUCCUGCUGGUUACACAGUGAGGACUGUGACUGAUUUUAUUAAUGACAGUACUCGUCUUGUUCGCAAGUGCACGAAGCCAGACAAAAAGGAGUACGGCCGUAUUUUGCGUGCGUGUUCUGUUGGAUUUUUCAUCAUGGGAUUCAUCGGUUACAUGGUGAAACUUAUGUUUAUCCCUGUGAACAACAUCCUGGUUGGGAUGCCUCAGUAAGGGUACUUGUAACCUCUAUCGGACACUUUACUCUUAAUAAGCUGUUAUAUAUCAU